GCUAAAGGGUUUCUUUUUUGAUCCAGAAAUUGAGGAGAUGUUCUAUUCAGGCUGUGAUUUCCGUUGCUUAGAGAGUAUUCUUAUUGCUAAGGCCAAUGUAGAAGGCAUAUUACAGUGUAACUCUCUUAGCAUCUCUGGGGCAACAUAAAGCACAAUUGUUUCACUAUUGGUGUAGGAAAAUAAAUCUUGUAUAUUUUCCUGUUUUAUUAGACAGGCUUGCUUAAACUUAAACUAUACCAAUAGCUUCAUAACUCAUGUCUUUUCCUAUCUAGGUGUUAUAUAUGAACUGAAGGCAACAUGUACAAUCACACUUCUACAUCCAGUUUUCUCCUGCUGGAAUUCUCAACUACCAGAGGACUGCAGAUCUUACACUUCUUUGUGUUCCUAGCAAUGUACGUCGUUGCACUGACAGGGAAUCUUUUCAUCAUCAUUGCAAUUCUGGCAGAUUACCAGCUACACUCCCCCAUGUACUUUUUUCUCUUGUGUUUGGCUGUGGUGGACCUUGGUUCAGUUUCUGUCACAAUACCCAAAUCUAUGGCUAUGUCCCUCAUGAACGACAGGUCAAUAUCUUUUCCUGGAUGUAAAGCUCAAGUUUUCUUUUACUUCUUCUUUUUAACGUCAGAUUUUGUUCUCCUCAGUAUAAUGGCACGUGAUCGCCAUGUUGCAAUCUGCAACCCACUUCAUUAUGAGAGAAUCAUGAAUAAGGCAGCCUAUGUUAAGAUGUUAGUGAUUGGGUUGAUUAUAAGUCUGGUUUAUUCUACAUUGCACACCAGUGGCACCUUUAUGAAUACUUUCUGUUCUAAUAAUGUCAACCAGUUCUUCUGUGAAGUUCCACAAUUAUUAAAACUUUCCUGUUCUGACCUAUAUCUAGUUGAAGUUGGGCUCCUUGUACUAAGCAGCAUUGUCGCAUUAGGAUGUUUUAUCUUUAUCAUCAUCACGUAUGUUCAGAUCAUUGCUGUGGUGCUCAGAAUCUCCUCUGUACGUGGUCAGAAAAAAGCCCUCUCCACUUGUGUUCCCCACCUCACUGUUUUCUCUUUACUAUUCAUCACUGGAGUGCUUGCUCACGCACGGCGUCCUGGUGAUAUAUCUUCGAGUCUGGAUUUGGGUUUUGCUGUGAUGUAUUCCAUAAUUCCUCCAAUGUCCAAUCCAUUCAUUUAUAGUAUAAGAAACAAAGAGAUCAAGAAUGCUUUGAAGAAAGUGUUAUAUGCAGUUAAUUCCCACAAAACCAUCUUUAAGGCCAUUCUGUGACUAUCGCCUUGUAUGAUCUUUUACAUAUUAUUUUCUUUCUCUUAAUGAGUAACUCUAUGAUAAAAAAAUUGCAUUUAAACAAAAAAAUUCAUUUUGCCUUAGGGUUUUCUCUUCGUUCCUUCUACUUUUUCAGUCUUUUACUUAUUUUCAUUCUUUGACUUACUAUAUAGAGCGUAAUCAAGUCUUGUCAAUUAUUGUUGUUUGGUUUGGUAUUGUGAUAUGACCUAAGGGUUAAUCCAUAAAAGUAUUAUUAUUGUUAUUAUUGUUGUUGUUGUUAUUA